AUGUGUCUUUCUUUGUGCUUCUGGCGACACACCUUCUUCAUUAGUGGUGAUCCGGCUCUGUCUUUGGGAAACGAUGGCUCUGUUACCAUCGAUUUCGCCGACUUUGAAAUUGAUGCUCUACAAUGUUGGAGUUCAAGCGUUGAAGGGGUAUUUGGUGAAGUUUGUGAAUGUCUUGAGGUCUGUGCAUGGUGGUUUGGGGAAUCGGAUGAGAUCUCAACUCUGUUGUUGGUGGAAGCUCUCCGGUGGAAGGAUCUGGUGUUGAAGCAAGGUGGUGAAGCUUUGUUUCUGGUGGAACCGGCGUUGUCUAGUCUCUCGGCGGUGAAUCUUCUGUGGACGGGAAAGAUGGUGAAACUUGUGUGA